AGUACAUUUAACACAAAAAAACACGGUAGUUUUAAUUUUCAUUACUGUUUUAGUUUUAGAGGGUAUUAAGAAAUAAGAAGUGUGAAAUAGCAAUAAUGUUCUAAAAAAAAAAAAAAAAAAAGGUGUGAAAUAACAAUGGGACAAGCGUUAAUUUUGGAAUCAGUUUCAAAUUACCAAUGCCAGCUAUCUAGCUGGUUGACUUGGUUCUUCAGUUUUUUUUUUUUUUUUUUUUUUUUUGGAAAACUCAGUAAUUUAUUCAUUUACUGUUAAUCUCUUCUUUUUUUGGUGCAAAUUAUACAGCUAAUUCUUAUUAUGUUAAAAUUCAAAAUAAGUAUUGGUACAACAAAGUAAUUAAACUAUUAAUAUAUAUACACAUCUCUUAGAUUACCUCUUAAUUCCCUUUCUUAUUACCCAGAAAACUUAAGAAUCUCAUGCAUUUCUAUACAUAAACAUAAAAUCAGCCUACAACCACAUUUCCCCAACCACAAAUUAUAUUACAUACAUCCCAAAUACAAAAAUAAAAACUCCUAAAUUCCUAAAGUCUUGAUUUUUUUUAAUUUCAACUAUAUUUUCCCCAUAUUUAGCAAACACAAUCUAUCUUACCUGUCCUUUGAAAUUUUAACCCACUUGUAUUUUGUUGUAAUUAUAGGUAUAGAAUUUGUUUUCUAAAAAUGGAGUUUUCCUUAAGAAAAUCAAUAUCCUUUCCUUUCAAACGCCAUAGCUGUCAAAACAUCUUCUCUUCUUCUUCUUCACCCUCCAUUGGUGAACAUCACCCCAUCCUCCCUCAUCACCGCCACGACGAAUACGAUGAUGCUUCAGGCCAUCAUCCUAUGACCUCUACCCCUCCAGGUGACCACCAAGUCAUCGUAAAAGUCGAGUCCUCAGACGACAUAAUACAAAGCAAUACUACUUUUAAUAAUGGUAAUAUUACCUCGUUGUAUCAUAAGAAAGGUGAAGAGAAUAAAAUUGGACGUCCUCCCUUUUCCAACAUGGCAGAAUUUUCCUUCAGACAAGCAGCGGAGGACCCCACGUUGUCGCCGUCGGAUUCAUUGAUAGGCAAGUUCUUGGAGCAAGAACAAGAGCUACAAGGCCUACAACGACGACAUAACAUGUCCGGAGAAUUGUCGGUAGAUAUCGACAUAGACGAGGUAGACAUGGAAGAUGAUCAUCUAAGACGCCAACAACAACAACAACAGCAACAACAACUGCAACAACAACAGCAACAACAAUAUAUGAAUUCACAUCAUGAUAAUCAUAGUAUUCGACGACAAGUAUUACAAGGUUUGCCACCUUUGCCUCCUGAUUGUUUAUCGAGGCAGAGUUUGAGUUAUCGAAGCGAUAUUCAAAGUCCGGAAAUUGCUAAUGGUAAUGGAAAUAAGUUAACCCAAAUGUUGAACACCCGUAGCAAUAGUAUUAGUAGCAAUAAUAACAUGGAUGCUGCGUCGAGGGAGACACGUGUUUCGUUUCAAGAGUCGUUUAAUCCGUACAACCACCCGAAUAUGAUUAGGCAAUCUUCAUCUGAGGUUGAUGAUGAUGACGAUGACAAUGAUGAUGAUGCCUCCUCCUCGAAGGCGGGUGAUCAUGGGAAUAAUCAUCAUCAUGAUGUAUAUGAUGAAGAAUUUGGGUCAACAACAAGAGUUGUGGGGGGUGGUGGGGUGAGUGUUCAUAGGAGGAGAUCUAAAAAUUCGAAUAAUAAUUCUAACAACGCUAACUUAAAGGAGAGGGAGAUGAUGAACAAUGCUAAUAGUAGUAGUAAUCAUGAUAGAGGGGAUGAUUUGAAUGAGGUUAUACGGUGUACAUCUAAUUCUUCGUCGAGGAAGAUGAGUAGUACGGUUUCCAUAGCUAAGACCAGGUCUAGGCUUAUGGAUCCUCCUCCUACUCCAUUUGAUCAAAGGUCCACGUCAGGGGUUAUACCAAAGUCGGGCCAAAUCUUGAACAACAACAGCAACAGCAACAACCACAACAAUAACAAUAAUAAUAAGUCGGGCUUGCUUGGGAAAUCGUCGAUGGGUGAUGAGGAGGAGGAGGAUCCUUUCUUGGAGGAUGACCUGCCUGAGGAGUACAAAAGAGGACAAAUUAGUACCUUACUUAUUCUUGAAUGGGUAAGUCUUGUUAUUUUGAUAGGUUCUUUAGUUUGUAGCCUUGUUAUUCCUGUUUUAAGGCAUAAAUCUAUAUGGAAGCUAAAGUUGUGGAAAUGGGAAGUUUUUGGGCUUUCGCUCAUUUCCGGGAGGUUGGUUUCGGGUUGGGUGAUUAAAGUUCUUGUGUUCUUUAUUGAGAGGAAUUUCUUGCUUAGAAAGCGGGUUUUGUACUUUGUAUAUGGUUUGAAGAAGGCGGUCCAAAAUGUUAUCUGGUUAGGACUUCUUAUCUUAACUUGGCAUUGCAUUUUCGACAAUAAAGUUGCGACUCAGGCUACGAGUGAGCCUCUGAAGAUUGUCACAAAACUCUUGGUCAUAGGUGAAGGGGGUGCUGUUCUAUGGCUGUUAAAGACCUUAAUGGUUAAGGUUUGUGCAUCGACGUUCCAUGUGAACGCGUUCUUUGAUAGGAUUCAAGAGUCAUUGUUCAAUCAAUUUGUGAUCGAGACACUUUCAGCCCCUCCUUUGUUCGACUUAAGAAGUGCUCGAGAAGAAGAGGAGAGGGCAAUGGCCGAGGUACAGAUGCUACAAAAUGCAGGGAUCAAUAUUCCCCUUGAUCUUAAAACCUCUGUUCUCGAAAGAAGUAAGAGUGCAACCGUGGGUUUGCAGCAUCUAUAUAGCCAGAACAGUAAGACUCUCGGGACAGGGACCGUGUCACAACCCAUCAAGAGUCCCGUGAGACAAAGUGUAGGCCUUUCAGGGCCAAUUGGUAAGAAGUAUCAUGACGAAGGAAUACCAAUUGAUCGGUUGCAUAGGCUAAACCAAAAAAAUGUCUCUGCUUGGAAUAUGAAACGAUUGAUAAGAAUUGUAAGACAUGGAUUUUUGACUACAUUAGAUGAACGUAUAGAGAAUACUAAUACGACUCAUGAAGACGAGUCCACGACACAAAUUAGGAGCGAGGUUGAGGCUAAAGCCGCAGCAAAGAAAAUAUUCCGCAAUGUUGCUAGACCAAGGUCUAGGUACAUUUAUUUGAGCGACCUUAUGCGAUUUAUGCAAGAAGAUGAGGCAUAUAAAACAAUGAGUCUUUUUGAAGGAGCUUCUGAAGCUGGAAGAAUAAGCAAGUCGGCAUUGAAGAAUUGGGUGGUUAAUGCAUUUCGUGAACGAAGAGCACUGGCUUUAACUCUUAGUGACACGAAAACAGCUGUUAACAAGCUACACAAGAUGGUGGAUGUUUUAGUCAGCAUAAUCAUAAUUCUGAUUGCUGUAAUCGCGCUUAACAUCAUACCAUCAAAGUCCAUCUUAUUCCUAAGCUCUCAGCUUGUUGUUGUGGCUUUUGUUUUUGGUAACACUUGUAAGAAUGUCUUCGAGUCCAUCAUCUUCUUGUUUGUUAUACACCCCUUCGAUGUUGGUGAUCGUUGUGAGAUCGAUGGAGUUCAGAUGGUUGUGGAAGAGAUGAACAUUUUAACUACAGUUUUCUUAAGGUACGACAACCAGAAGAUCAUAUAUCCGAACUACAUUCUUAUAUCGAAGCCCAUUCAUAACUAUUAUCGUAGCCCUGAUAUGGGAGAUGCUGUUGAAUUUUGCCUUCAUGUUGCUACUCCUCCAGAGAAAGUUGCACUUAUUAGGCAAAGAAUAACUAGUUAUAUCGUGAACAAGAAGGAACAUUGGUAUCCAGACCCAAUGAUAGUUGUGAAAGACGCCGAAAAUCUAUACAUGUUGAGGAUAGCAAUAUGGGUGACACAUAGAAUGAACCAUCAAGACAUGGGAGAAAGAUGGGUAAGACGCGCACAAUUGAUAGAAGAAUGUGUAAAGAUCUUCAGAGAAUUGGAUAUUGAGUACCGUGUUUAUCCGAUGAAUGUUAAUGUUAAUUCCAUGCCGCCUGUGUUCUUCCCUCCCUCUAACAUGGGUGCCGAUCCUUUUAUUGCUGAAGGAGCUAAGGAGGUUGCUCAUCAUUGAAGAUCAUCAUAAUAUUAAUGGGGCAUAAUUUUGUGCUAUCUUCUUAGGAAACGAUUGAUGAUUAAAUGCGAAAUCUCUUGUUGUAAUCUCUUUAAUCCUUUGUCUUCUUGUAUAACUUGUAACAAUUUUUAUUUAAUUUUGCCUUUCCUUUCUUGUAUACUUCUUUUCAUGGUUUAUACUAGAUUAUUAGUGCAUAUACUCUUGGUUUUCAUUUUAUUUAUAGUCUUAUACAAUAUGGAACCAUUU